AGACAAGUGGCACUCAGCAAGGGAACCUUUCCUGGCACCAAUGCCAGUUUCACCUUCCCUUUCCUUCUUACUCCCAAGCUUAUGAAAAACGAGGAACUAAACUGCUGAAGCCAUACAGUGAAGAUUUCUUCAGGAGAGGUUGCAUACAGUGAUCUGAGACAUAAUGGUCAUUUACAGAAAGGGUGAUCAUGUGUGGCUGGAAGCUCAGCCACACAGUGAAUUUAAUGUCCCUAUUGGGGCAGUUGUGAAGGACUCUGACUCAGGACGGAUCCUGCUGGAGGAUGAUGAAGGCAAGGAGCACUGGAUCACAGCUCGGAACAUGCACAUGGUUCGCCCAAUGGACCCAUCCACUGCACAAGGGGUGGAAGACAUGAUCCGUCUUGGGGAUCUCCACGAAGCAGGCAUGGUGCAUAACCUCCUCAUCCGCCACCAGCAGCACAAAAUCUAUACUUACACAGGAUCUAUCUUGGUAGCAGUGAAUCCAUACCAGCUGCUGCCUCUCUACACAGUCGAUCUUAUCAGGCUCUACUGCAACAAGAGGAUUGGAGAGCUGCCACCUCAUGUCUUUGCCAUUGCAGACAACUGUUACUUCAAUAUGAAGAGGAAUAAGAGAGAUCAGUGCUGUGUGAUCAGUGGAGAAUCUGGAGCUGGGAAAACUGAAAGCACUAAGCUAAUACUACAGUUUUUGGCAGCUGUCAGCGGCCAGCAUUCCUGGAUAGAGCAGCAAGUCCUAGAGGCCAACCCCAUUCUGGAAGCUUUUGGAAAUGCCAAGACAAUUCGAAAUGACAAUUCAAGCCGCUUUGGUAAAUACAUUGAUAUCUACUUCAACCACAGUGGUGUGAUAGAAGGAGCCCGGAUAGAACAGUUUCUUCUGGAAAAGUCCCGAGUUUGCCGGCAGGCUCCAGAGGAGAGGAACUAUCACAUCUUCUAUUGUAUGCUGAUGGGGAUGAAUCUAGAGCAGAAAAAGAUGCUGAAUCUGGGCACUGCCUCAGAGUACUCUUAUCUCACUAUGGGCAACUGCACGUCCUGUGACAGCCGGAACGAUGCAAAGGAGUAUGCCCACAUCCGCUCAGCAAUGAAGAUCCUUAUGUUCUCAGACUCUGAGCACUGGGACAUCAGCAAACUGCUGGCUGCUAUCCUGCAUCUGGGGAAUGUGGAGUUCGAAGCGGCUGUGUAUGACAACUUGGACUGCUCUGAUGUGAUGGAUUCACCACACUUUUCAAUUGCAACCAAACUGCUUGAGGUGGACUAUAGUGAACUUCAAAACAGCCUCACAAACCUGUCCAUCAUUGUCCGAGGAGAAAGCGUGUCCAGACCCCUGAAUGUGGCUCAAGCUGCAGAUGGGAGGGAUGCCUUUGUGAAGGGUAUAUAUGGACGGAUUUUCCUGUGGAUAGUGAACAAGAUCAACUCAGCCAUUUUUAACCCAACUUCUCAGAAGCCUAAAAAUACACGCCAGUCCAUUGGGUUGUUGGAUAUUUUUGGGUUUGAAAACUUUAGCAACAACAGCUUUGAGCAGCUCUGCAUUAAUAUUGCAAAUGAACACCUUCAGCAGUUCUUUGUGCACCAUGUCUUCAAGCUGGAACAAGAGGAAUACCUUGCAGAGCACAUUACCUGGAAUAACAUUGACUUCACUGACAACCGCCAGACCCUGGAAGUCAUUGCACUCAAGCCCAUGAACAUCAUCUCCCUCAUUGAUGAGGAGAGCAAGUUCCCAAAGGGCACAGAUGCCACCAUGCUUAUCAAAAUCAAUUCCCUCCAUGGAAAAAGUAGAGUCUAUAUCCCACCUAAGAGUGACCAUGACACCAAGUUUGGCAUUAACCACUUUGCUGGGGCUGUCUUUUAUGAAUCAAAAGAUUUCUUGGAGAAAAACAGGGACACACUGAGUGCGAAUGUAAUGCAAGCGGUUCAUUCCUCCAAAAAUAAAUUCCUGAAGGAGAUUUUCCAGGUGGAAACAACCCCAACUAGUCUGGGACGUGGGACCAUCCGGCAUCUUGGAAGUGAUCAGGCCUACAAGGGCCUGGAUACCACCAAACGGCUAUCUACUCUGGGUGGACAGUUCAAGCAGUCCCUGGAAAAGCUAAUGAAAAUUCUUGGUCAGUGCCAGCCAUACUUCAUCCGCUGCAUCAAACCCAAUGACUACAAGAAACCACUGCUGUUUGACCGGGAGCUGUGUAUCAAACAGCUGCGAUACUCAGGGAUGAUGGAGACCAUUCGGAUCAGGAAAGCUGGCUACCCAGUUCGCUACACUUUUGAGGAGUUCUUUGAGAGAUACAGAGUUCUCCUGCCGCGGUCUGCUCUAGAACCGCUGAAGAAUGAUGCUCGACAGUGCUGUAUCAGAAUCUCUGAAGCAGUUCUGGGCAAAGAUGAAAGCUGGCAGGCUGGAAAGACCAAGAUUUUCCUUAAGGAUUAUCAUGAUACAAUAUUGGAGUUGGAACGACAGAAGAUACUCACAGAUAAGGUUCUUCUUAUCCAGAAGGUGAUGCGAGGAUUCAAGGACAGGAAGCAGUUUUUGAAACAGAGGAAGUCUGCUAUAGCUAUCCAGGCAGCUUGGCGAGGCUAUUGCUGCCGGAAGGAUUUCAGAAUGAUUAUGCUGGGCUUUGGGCGCCUGCAGGCCCUCUACCGGAGCCGGCAGCUUGCUAAGCAGUAUGAAACAGCACGGGCACACAUCAUCAGGUUUCAAGCUGCAUGCCGUGGUUAUCUAAUACGUCAAAAGAACAAAGUCAAGCUGGAAGCAAGGAAUAUCCGCUUGGAAGAAGAGAAACGUCUCAUUAGUGUCCUUGGGCCAGUGAAAGCAAGGGAAGAAGCUAUGAAGUUAGAAAAGGAACACCUGGCUAUUCUGGAAGAAGAAGAGGAAGAAGGACAAAGGAUGAAUAAUGAUUUUGUUGACAGACACACAAAUUAUGAUGUUAUCAGUGACCAGGAGAUGGUGGACAAAAUUUUUGGGUUUUUACCUUCUAUGAUUGGAGGCCAAGAAGGACAGGCUCCUCUGGGCUUUGAGGAUUUGGAAACAAAGCCCAGCAAGCUGGAAGAGGUGGACCUGGACAUGAUUCCUAUGAGCGUGGAGCUAGAAGAGGAAGCAGAUGGCUUGGAAGACUACACCUUCCCGAAGUUUGCAGCUACUUAUUUCCAGGGGUCAUCUACACAUACACACAUCCGGAAACCCCUGCGGCACCCAUUACUCUACCAUGACGACAAGGACAAUGUCCUGGCUUCUCUAGUUGUGUGGGUUAUCAUCCUGAGAUUCAUGGGGGACCUACCAGAGCCAACAAUGUUUGCCAAGAACGCCAAGAGCGGUUCUAUGAUGACACAGAUAUAUGACACACUUGGCAGAAAAAACCAAGUCCAGUUCAAGAACAGCCCAGAUACGAGAGAAAGCAAAAAGGAUAACAAGAUUUCCAAGGGUAUCUCUUCCCUGAAGCUGAAACGGUCCUCCAAGUUGACAGGGAAGGUGACAGACCAGCUGAAAAGUGGAGAAGAGGGUUUCCAGGAGGACAGCUCAAUCUCUGAGAGACCCAUGUCCAACCUAGAAAAAGUGCACUUCAUCAUUGGCAAUGCAAUUCUGCGCCCUGCCAUCAGAGAUGAGAUUUAUUGCCAGAUUUGCAAACAACUCACUGAAAACAGCAGCAGGAGCAGCUAUGCUCGAGGCUGGAUACUUCUGUCACUUUGCCUUGGUUGUUUUCCCCCUUCAGACACAUUUGUAAAGUACCUGCUGAAUUUCAUCCACAAUGGACCCUCAGGCUAUGCACCAUAUUGUGCUGAACGUCUGAGACGUACCUAUGUCAAUGGAGCAAGGACUGAACCUCCAAGCUGGCUGGAACUUCAGGCAACAAAGCAGAAGAAACCCAUUAUGUUUAAUGUCACCCUGAUGAACGGCCAGAGCAUCACUGUCCCUGCAGACUCUGCUUCCAUUGCCAAAGAGAUCUGUCAGUUCAUAGCAGAUAAAACCAAACUGAAGGAUAUCUUUGGUUUUUCACUCUACAUUGCUGUGUUUGAUAAGGUGUGGUCACUGGGUGGAGGACGGGAUCACGUCCUAGAUGCCAUCUCUCAGUGUGAGCAGCUGGUGAAGGAGCGGGGCACGCAUGAACGCCAUGCACCCUGGAGACUUUACUUUCGGAAGGAAAUUUUCACCCCAUGGCACAACUCCCAGGAGGAUCCCAUCAGCACUGAUCUCAUUUACCACCAGGUCAUUCGUGGGAUCCGGUUUGGAGAAUACCGUUGUGAGAAGGAGGAGGAUUUGGUGGAGAUAGGUGCCAAGUAUUGUUACAUCCAGUUUGGAGAUACUAUCCACAAUGAACUUGUGCAGAAAGUGCUCCAUGACUGCAUCCCAGUGAAACAGCUGAAGUCCAAGCCCCUGGAAAAGUGGGUGAGCCUUAUCACCUACGCACAUGCUAAGGCCCCAUACACACAGGAUCGUCUCUCCCGUCAGGCUGUGAAGGAACAACUUGUAGAUUUCGCUCGCUUCCAGUGGCCUUUGCUUUUUUCCAGAUUCUUUGAAGUCACUAAGUUUUCAGGUCCCAGCUUGCCCAAGAACCACUUUAUACUUGCUGUAAAUUGGAAGGGUAUCUGCUUCUUGGAUGAGUCAGAAAAGCGGCUCCUUGAGCUGACAUUCCCAGAGAUAACAGGCAUCCAUACAAACAGGGCAGUGAAAUCAUUUGGACAGAGUUGCACUCUCAUCACCCUUCAUGCCGAAGAAUUUGUCCUGACAUCUGUGAACAGCAUUGUCAUCGCUGAACUGGUGGUGAUGUUCCUGGAGGGGCUAAAGAAGAGAUCACGAUUUGCUGUGGCAAUGCAUGAGAAAAAAUUCCAAGAAGACCCUGCCGUCCUGUCCUUCAAGAAGGGAGACUUGCUAAUCUUGACCGAGGACAAAAGGCUAGAUGCAAACUCUGGUUGGAUCCAUGCCCAGAAUGACAGGACAGGCAAAACAGGGAAUGUAUUUCUGGAGGAGAUGUACAUCAUUCCUUCACUCACAAAGCCCUCUGGUCAAGUACUGAGUUUGCUAAUGAUGUCUCCAGACCAGAGGAGGACAGCAUCGCAGAACUCCUACAUAGAGGAACCUGAUGAAGAGGAUCUCAAAGUGAAGCCUUACACACUGGAGGAGUUCUCCUAUGAACACUUCAGAACUCCUGAGAAGGAAUCCAUCAGCAAAGCUGUUCUCCAGAAAUCUCGUGGGCACAGUCAGCUGUGGGCACACUCUAAGGAUCCCUUAAAACAGCCCUUGCUGAAGGCAGCAUGCACAGACCCUGAUGUUCGGGACGUGGCUUGUCAGGCCUUCAUUGCCAUCAUGAAAUUCAUGGGGGACUACCCCUCAAAGCAGACACACUCCUCCGUGGAAGUCACUGACCAGAUAUUUGUGGCAGCUAUCAAGGAAGAGGUCCUGCGGGACGAAAUUUACUGUCAGAUCAUGAAGCAACUAACUGACAACAGGAACAGGUAUAGCGUGACCAAGGGCUGGCAGCUCUUGUGGCUCUGCACUGGCCUGUUCCCCCCCAGCAAGUCACUGCUGAAACAUGCCCAGAAGUUCAUAGAGACACGUCAGAAAGAGCCACUGGCCCUGGAUUGCAAGCGGAGGAUUCAGACAGUGAUGAGGAGUGGCUCCAGGAAGUGGGCACCUCAUCCUGUGGAGGUUGAGGCCAUCUUGCAGAACAACACUAAGAUCGCACAUAAGAUUUGCUUCCCCAAUGAAACAGAGCAGACAUUUGAUGUGGGAACAAACACCAAAAACCGGACUCUAUGUCAGAACAUCGCUUCCAAACUGCAGCUGAGCUCUUGGGAAGGUUUCAGCCUCUUUGUCAAGAUUGCAGACAAGGUGAUCAGUCAGAAUGAAGCAGACUAUUUCUUUGACUCACUGAGGCAGCUGACAGAUUGGACCAAGAGGAACAAACCAGUGAAAGAUGGUGCUACUAUGUCUGUAGCUUAUGAGGUGUACUUCAUGAGAAAGCUGUGGUUGAAUGUAACUCCUGGGAAGGACCUAAAAGCUGAUUCUAUUUUUCAUUACCACCAGGAGCUGCCGAAGUACCUCAGAGGCUACCACAACUGUUCCAGAGAUGAAGCUGUCCAGCUGGCAGGGCUGAUUUAUAAAGUGCGCUUCAACACCGACCGCACACAGCUGGCAACCAUCCCCAAAAUCCUGAAGGAGUUGGUGCCAGACAAUCUGCUUCGAGUGACCUCACCAGAUGAGUGGAAGAAGAGCAUUACUGCAGCAUACAGCAAACAUGAAGGAAAAACUGUGGAUGAGGCCAAGAUUGCCUUCUUGAAAAUCAUAUACCGGUGGCCAACAUUUGGAUCAGCCUUCUUUGAGGUGAAGCAAACCUCUGAGCCAAAUUUCCCAGAGAUUGUGCUGAUUGCAAUCAACAAGCAAGGAGUCUCAGUGAUACAUCAGAAGACAAAGGAAAUCUUAACAGUUUAUCCCUUUAAUAAAAUCUCCAAUUGGAGCAGUGGGAGUACAUUCUUUCACAUGACGAUAGGGAACCUGGUACGAGGAAGCCGGAUCUUAUGUGAGACAUCUCUGGGUUACAAAAUGGAUGACCUGCUGACAUCCUAUGUACACCUGCUGAUGAAUGCAGUUAACAAGCAAAAGAGCCUCCCAGCUUGAAAGCAAAACUAGAAUCCACAACCCACAUCAGUGCCAAACUACCCAUCAUUUCAUCUCCCAGAAGAAAAAAGAUUUAAAAAUAUUAAUCUAGCUGAUCAGUUUUCUGAUCACACACUGAAUGAACUGUGCUGCUGAAAUACUACCACAAGUUCAAGUGAACAUGUGCUUUCAAGUACCUUCAGCACUUGUCUUUCCUAGGUGUAGUAACAGAACUCCAUUCAGAUUUUGAAGUUUGAGGAAGUGUAGCUGUUUUUAGUCUAAUAAGAGAGGAACACCCAAACCCUAACACAAGAGCCACUCCUGGUACUCAGGAUCUCCUCUAUUCUUAAAGAGAGACACAUUAACAGGAUUCUUUUCCCCUUUUGGAGAGAAAAUCCUGCCUUGCUUCUUAAGCUUUUACCAAAUGUGUAAUUUGCAGCAGAGGUAAUAUUUCUUCUUCCUAGUGGAAAUCCUGGAAGUGGAGAAAUGCCCUUUAGUAGUAGGAUAAUGGGACACCUGGAAAGGUAAGAUGAAGGUUUCCAUCCUUUUAUCACUAGGUUAAGUACAGAAAUUACAGUAGACUAUCAUAGCCAAUUACUGUCACAGUAGAAAUGUCACUCCUGUGUGAUGCUAAGUUAGUGGGCUGGCCACAGGUUUAUCACUGCCUUCACUAAAUUAAAUGGUUUUCUUCCUUCCAUGAUUCAUAAAACACACAGAAACUGACAGCUGCUUCCUACUAGACAGUUUCUAGGAAGCCUGAACAAACUCUGAAAUGGGUCUGGAUCGUGGGCCCGUUACUCAGUUGCUCCUAUUUCAAGCUACAGAUGUGCUAUUCAGUGCAAUCUGAACUGAAAAAGUCAGUCUAACAGAUAUCUGUUGAAAAGAGAUGUAUUUCUGCUCUGUAGAAAUGUCCUCAGCUUGGAGCUAUGUAGACAUUCAUUCACAAGACAAGAACAAUAGCAAAGAUCUUCAGCUAUGAGAGCUAUUUCCUGUUUUAGGCACUGAGUUUGAUUCGGUGCUUGCUCAUGUCACAGACCUUUGUCAACACACAACCUGGGACUGUCAGGAAGCAGAGCAUGUAUGCCCUGUGGUGGCAGUGAGCCCAGAUGCUCACCUCACUAGAGAAUAAGUACUGCUUCCCCAGCGCCAGGCUCUCCUUUGCUCACAGUGAAGCAUGGAUAUGUCUUAAAGCAUUGCACCAAGUUCCUUGAGACUCAACCCAGCAGUGCUGGAGAAGCAGCUCUGCUGGAUCUCUCACCAAUUUGCCAAUGUGUGCACAAUGGUUCCCUUGUUCCCUCAGCUGUGUGUGCGUGCAACUCCAGCGCUAAUGGGAAUUCUGUACAUGCAUGGCAGGGAAGAGCCCUCCCCUCUUUGUGCAUGUAAAUGAGUGCCACACUUGUUAGAAUAGCUGAUGAUUUCGCAAGCAAUUAGAUGUUCUUGCUGUCAUGUCCAUUGCUGGCAAUGGAAACUUUGGAGACUAAAGACUUUGGAGUUGUUUUGUCACCCUAUGUCUGAUCUGACUGUGAGUGGGAAGCAUUCAAUACUUCACCUGUGAAAAAAAGAAAUUUUGCAUCCAAAAUGUAUUGUUUCUGGUUUUUAAAUAAACCCUGCAGAAAAUCAA